CCCUGAACAUUACACGACGAGGAGGAAGAAGACGAGGGAAGAGGUGUUUCUCCAGGCCUUUCUCCUCUUUCAUUAUUUAUUUCCUUAUUAACAGCGAUCAAAACAUUGAUGGUCGAUCAUCCGCCGCUGAGCUCGAGACCCGCGGAAUAUCGUGCAGUUUUUCGCUUCGGUGAGUGUGUGUGUCGCGAUGGCUCGCCCACGGCCCCGGGAAUAUAAAGCUGGAGAUCUGGUUUUCGCCAAGAUGAAGGGAUACCCGCACUGGCCGGCGAGGAUUGAUGAGCUACCAGAGGGAGCCGUGAAGCCGCCAGCUAAUAAAUACCCCAUCUUCUUCUUCGGUACCCAUGAGACUGCGUUCCUGGGCCCCAAAGACCUGCUGCCCUACAAGGAAUAUAAGGACAAGUUUGCCAAGUCAAACAAGAGAAAAGGAUUUAAUGAAGGCCUGUGGGAAAUUGAAAACAAUCCUGGUGUCAAAUUUACUGGUUACCAGGUGAUGCAGCAGCAGAGCUCCUCGGAGACGGAGGGGGAAGGAGGGAACGCAGUCGACAGCGAGGAAGAGGAAGAAGAAGAGGAGGGAAAGAUGAAGAGCGACAAAGUCGGAUCCAAGCGGAAAAAAAGUGCAUCCUCAAAGUCCUCCAAGCUGUCCAGGAAGGGUUCGGGAGAUGAGGAUCUGGAGAAGGACGGGAAAGAUGAGCAGAAGAGCGGAUCAGAGGCUGGUGACCAUGACAACAACAUCCAGAACUCUUCAGACAAGACAUGCAGUCAAGGGAAUCUCCGGGAGGAUCGUUAGGCGAUCAUCGGACAACGGCUCGUGACGCUGAUAUGUCAUACUGUAAAUGCAUCUUAUUACACUGAUCGCUUGCAAACUCCUACACAUUAUUAUCUGGCUCAGUCAAACACACACACAUACAGUCAAAUAAAAACAUGAAUCCAGGAUUUACACACAAACGUCAUUCCUUUCUGCUGAUUUGAUUUUAGAGGUUUAGCUUCAGCUCAUUCAGAUCUCAUUCAUGUGUCAUGCUAGCCGUUUAUUUCUUAACAAUGGAACAAACAGACGUUUGUCUGUCAAACAACUCGGCCGUCUUUCACGCUUUUACGUAAUCUGAGAGAAAGGAGUGGAAAGCGUAGAAUAUGAAGAAUCGUGCACAAGCAGAGUUGUGCGCCGUAACUCGAUAUUAUCUCUGUAUAUUUUAUUUGGGUGUAGACUCUAGGAUCUCUGUACUAUUAUCCCGAUGCGCAUCCGUUCCUGUGUCGUGGGUUGGUUGUUUUCUAGCCUUUCUAGUGGCAUGCUGUAGUUUCACAUGUUGGAGAUGUUCUUCUGUCUGUCCGUUCCUGAUCACAGACGCCCCUCUUCCACACAGUCCAUUUUUAUUUCUUAUCUUUGUUUAUAUAAAGAAUAUAUUCUAUUUAUUUUUGAUGAUAGUAGAUGACACAUCUGUGGUAAAUUCACCAAUGUGGUUUUCCUGUCGUUUAAUUUUUAUUGCCCUCAUACAUCUUGCAUUUUCAAGGUUUGUAGCCACAUGUAAACUGUUUUUCCUGUUUAUUGACAAGAAUUUUACAGAAUAAACUCAUUGGAAUGC